AUGGCCAGCUCGGCGCUCAACCACUCCUGGCCGGCUCUCUCCAAGUUCUGGCUGAAGCGAUGGGCCUUUAAAAGAGGCUCUGAGCCCAAGCCAUGUGUCCAGCCCUUUGACUCUAGAGCUGCAGAUUCAGCCACCAAGAGCAGUGGUGGACCCUGGAGGCCUGAGGACCCAGACUUCUCCACCAUGGAGGAUGAGCAGGAGGAUGGAAUCCCAGGGCUGCUCGGCGGUAGCGAGAGUUCAGAGGACCUCAGCCUGGACUUGGGGGCCCUUCAGGGCAGUGAGUAUCUCCAGGACCUGGGCCUCGAAGUCCUUUCACACAGCCAGCCUGGGGGGGCCAGGGGCAGUGGCCCCCCUAGCGAAGAAGCCAGAGGAGAAAUGCCCCUCUCCAGCGCUGCGGGGUCCCAGGAACUCGCUCGGAGACGCAGCUGGGAGAGGUCGAGGAGCUGCUCCGAGAGUCGACAGAGGCUCAGCACCGAAUCCUCAGCUAUGAACGAGGGGCCCUGUCUGCCUCGGACCCUGGCCAGCCUCGCUCUGAACCUGCCAGGAGAGGGCCUGCAGGCCUGGACCCAAGGGUGUCUGCCUGGGGGUGGAACUCCCGCAGAGCAACCAAGCAAGGAAUGUGACAGCCCCGAAAAAAGAGUGAGGUCACGGUCUGUUCCCGCGUCCUUCGAUGAGAUCAGCUCCCUGGAAAUCUUUCCAGCUUUGGAAGUGCCGCCUCCAGCUGGUCAAGGCCUGGACCCUCCGGUGCUGGAGAGCAUGGAAAAGGAUCAUGUGGAGCCGAAUCAUGUGUUGAUUGUCCAGCAGGUGCUUGAAGAACUCCGUCAGUACCAUGGGGCCCGGCAGAGGGCUCGCUUGUCGGUCUGCCCCGGAGGAGCAGCUUCCAACCUCACCUGGUUUGAGUUCCUGUCUGAGAGCGAGGACAGCAUGGGGAAGACGGAGAGAAGUGACAGGGGCACCCGGGUGAAACGCAGCCUGAGCUCCCUGCGCAAUCGAGUCACCAGGCAGAAGGAGAAGGGGAAGACCCCAGUGCAUCAGAAGGACAAAGGUCAGGAUGCGCGCGAGAGGAAAGAAUGUAUCAACGGGCACCAGCUGGCUCGAGGAACCUUCUCUGGCCACUCCAGCUGCCCUCUGUGUGGCAAACCUUUUCUGAGUUCUGCAUCCCUGAGGGAGCACCCGAGGGCCACCCUCCUGUCCGAUGGCAGCCCGCGCCCGACCAGGAAUGUCGGCAUGACGGUCUCGCAGAAGGGGGGUCCACAGCCAGCACCCAGCCCAGCGGGAACCGGGACAAGACUUGGACCACUAACAGGAGAAAUGGAUGAAACUGACACAUUGUUUCCGAAGCUCAAGCAGGUGGCCGAGGACUCUCUUUUUCUUACAUUUUCCAGCACUGAGCCCAUCUUCACAGACGACCCCUACACUGCCUCGCUGAAGGGUGAGAUCGAAGCAGACGCCCGUGAGUUCGAGGCUGAGUCCUGGAGCCGCUCUGUGGACCCCGAGUAUGUGAAGAAACAGAAGAGGGAGGUGGUGAAAAGGCAGGAUGUGCUCUACGAGCUGAUGCAGACAGAGGCCCACCAUGUGCGGACGCUCAAGAUCAUGCUCAAGGUCUACUCCCGGGCCCUGCGGGAGGAACUGCAAUUCAGCCCCAAGGCCAUCAGCCGCCUGUUCCCAGGCGCGGACGACCUGCUGGAGGUGCACGGCCACUUCCUGUGUCGGCUGAAGGAGCGCCGCCUGGAGUCACUGGAGGAGGGCAGUGCCUGCAACUACAUCAUCCAGAAGAUUGGGGACCUCCUGGUUCAGCAGUUUUCAGGUGAAAACGGGGAGAGAAUGAAAGAAAAAUACAGCGUCUUUUGUAGCAGUCACAACGACGCUGUCAGUCACUACAAGUUGCUGCUGCAGCAAAACAAGAAAUUUCAAAACUUGAUCAAGAGAAUCGGCAACUUCUCCAUCGUGAGGCGGCUCGCUGUGCAUGAGUGUAUCCUCCUGGUCACCCAGCGCAUCACCAAGUACCCCGUGCUGGUGGAGCGAAUUAUCCAGAAUACAGAAGCUGGCUCCGAGGACCACAGAGACCUGACCCAGGCCCUGAACCUCAUCAAAGACAUCAUCUCACAAGUGGACGCCAGGGUCAGCGAGUACGAAAAGGGCCAGCGCCUCAGGGAAAUCGCGGGAAAGAUGGACCUCAAGUCCUCCAGCAAGCUCAAAAAUGGGCUGACCUUCCGCAAGGAGGACAUGCUACAGAGGCAGCUCCACCUGGAGGGCACCCUGUGCUGGAAGACCACCUCUGGGCGCCUGAAAGACGUCCUCGCGGUCCUGUUGACAGACGUGCUUCUGCUGCUCCAAGAAAAGGAUCAGAAGUACGUCUUUGCAUCCGUGGACUCCAAGCGCCCCGUCAUCUCACUGCAAAAGCUCAUUGUGAGGGAGGUGGCCAACGAGGAGAAAGCCAUGUUUCUGAUCAGCGCCUCCCUGCACGGGCCCGAGAUGUAUGAGAUCUACACCAGCUCAAAGGAAGACAGGAACACCUGGAUGGCCCACAUCCGGAGGGCCGUGGAGAGCUGCCCAGACGAGGAGGAAGGCCCCUUCAGCGAGGCCGAAGAGGAGAAGGCCCGUGCUGUGAGGCUGAGGGACUUCCAAGAACGACUGAACAGGAAAGACCAGCAGAUCGCCCAGAGCCUGAGUGAGAAGCAGCAGAUCUACCUGGAGAUGGCCGAGAUGAGCGGGCUUGAGGACCUCACCCUGUCUCGGCUCCUCUUCCGGGGAGGAGACCCCCCCGAGAACCUGCAGGGCGAGCUGAUUCUCAAGUCAGCCAUGAGUGAGAUCGAGGACAUCCAGAGUUUCAUCUGCAGGCGGCUGGGCAACGCCUACGGCCAGGCAGAAGACAGGGGCAGUGCGGGCAGCCCAGGCAAGGAUGGCAGUCUUCAGAAGAACAUGUGCAGCAGUGACCUCAGCCCCCGAGACUGGCAGGCCCUGGUGAGCAGCCUGGACUCGAAGCCUGGAGACACCCAAGGGGCCCCCGAGGAAGCCUCGAAGGUAGCAGAGUCACCAGGUACAGAGCCCGGCCCCGCGCCACCUGCGGUCCUGGAGUUGGAGCUCGUCCAGCGGAUCCAGACACUGUCCCAGCUGCUCCUCAGCCUCCAGGUGGUCAUCACCCAGCAGGACAGCUACGUGGAGAUUCAGAAAGCAGCCAUCCAGGAGCGUGAGAAGCAGUUCCGGCUGCAAUCGACGCGCGGGAACCUGCUGCUGGAGCAGGAGCGGCAGCGCAACUUCGAGAAACAGCGGGAGGAGCUGGCGGGCGUGCAGAAGCUGCAGGGCCAGCUGCGGCUGGAGCAGCAGCGCUGGGAGCGCGAGCGGGAGCAGCAGCGCCGGGAGCUGGACCAGGCGUCCACGCGGCUGCAGCAGCGUGAGAGUGAGUUGCUGCAGCUGCAGGAGCGGCUGAACCAGGAGCGCGAGGAGCUGGAGCGCCAGCGCCAGGCCUACCAGCACGACCUGGAGCGGCUGCGCGAGGCCCAGCGGGCCGUGGAGCGCGAGCGCGAGCGCCUGGAGGUGCUGCGCCGGCUCAAGAAGCAGAACACAGUGCCCGGGGCGCUGCCGCCGGAGGCACUGGUGGAGACCCAGCCUCUAAGCCACACUCCCAGCUUCAAUGGGAACGGGCUGGAAGGAUCCAUGGCCCUGACCAAAGCACCGGGGCCCCGACCCAACUCGGUGGUGUCCAGUGCGGGGUCUGAGUACGCCGAGCGCCCUGAGGUGGCCCGCAGGGACAGCGCCCCGGCCGAGAGUCGCCCGGCCAAGAGUGAUGUGCCCAUCCAGCUGCUGAGUGCCACCAACCAGAUCCAGAGGCAGGCAGCUGUGCAACAGCAGAUCCCCACCAAGUUGGCGGCCUCCACCAAAGGCGGGAAGGACAAGGGAGGCAGGAGCCGGGGCUCCCAGCGCCGGGACAGCUCAGCCUCGUUUGACCUGAGGCAGCCGCUGCUUCUCAACAAGCUCAUGGGCAAAGAAGAGAACACCUCUCGGAACCGCCGCUCACUGAGUCCCGUCCUGCCCAGCUCCACGCCCCCCCAAGACCCCAGCCUCCCAGCCCCGACCCCAGGCCCAGCCGACGUCCCCACUGACAACCUCCCCCUCAAGGCCCGAGGGUCAUCCUUCCAACCCGGGGCCCCAUCCUCCACACCACUCGACAAGGAAGAAACCGGCAAGGAAGACGUCAUCUUCUUCUAG